CCGCGCCCGUCGCGACUCGUACAGGAAAGUGACAGCUGAGCAACUCACAUGCUUCUCAUCAGGCUACCGUCAUCAUGGGUGUCACUGGCCUGUGGACCGUCGUCCAGCCCUGUGCCCGACCUAUCAAGAUCGAAACACUGAACAAGAAACGACUCGCCGUCGAUGCCUCCAUCUGGAUCUACCAAUUCUUGAAAGCCGUCCGCGACAAGGAUGGAAAUGCCCUGAGGAACAGUCAUGUCAUUGGUUUCUUUCGCCGUAUCUGCAAACUGCUGUUCUUUGGCAUCAAGCCUGUCUUUGUCUUUGACGGUGGCGCUCCUGCCCUCAAGCGUCAGACUAUCAACGCUCGCAAGCAGAGAAGAGAGGGAAGAAGGGAAGAUGCUACCCGCACUGCUGGCAAGCUUCUUGCCCUGCAGAUGCAGCGUAUAGCCGAGGAAGAGGAAAGCAAUCGCAAGCGUGCCAGCCAUGCUGCACCGCAGGAAGAGGAAGAAGUUCUGCCUGAAAACAUGGUCUAUGCUGAGGAGGUCUUCAUGAACCCACAAGAGCGACAACAGAACAAGACCUUCAGGAAGAAGGACCAAUACCACCUUCCUGAUCUAGGUGUCCCUCUAUCCGAGAUGGGUGCUCCCAACGACCCGAGAAUCAUGUCUCUUGAGGAACUUGAGAAUUAUGCUCGUCAAUUCGACACUGGCGAAGACAUCAACGUAUACGAUUUCUCCAAAAUAGACUUCGAUGGCGCUUUCUUUAUGAGUCUUCCGCCUAGUGAUCGUUACAACAUCCUCAAUGCUGCCAGAUUGAGAAGUAGACUCAGAAUGGGUUACUCGAAAGAUCAGCUUGAUACAAUGUUUCCCGACCGCAUGGCUUUCUCCAAGUUUCAGAUCGAACGUGUCACGGAGCGUAAUGAUUUGACGCAGCGUCUCAUGAACCUCAACGGCAUGAAUGACGACCUGAUGUUUGGUCUCGAUGCGCCAGGCAGAGUCGCUGGUGAACGGGGAAGAGAAUAUGUACUUGUCAAGAACGACGGAGUCGAAGGCGGUUGGGCUCUAGGUGUCGUCACCGGCAAGAACGAAGGUGUCCAAACCAAGCCGAUCGAUGUUGAUGCAGCCGAGAUUGAGGCAAAGGAAGAAGAUGACGAGGACGAAGAUAACGACUUCGAAGACGUUCCAAUCGAAGGCCUCAAUCGUUUGCCUAGAGUCGCAUCUCAGCAAGAUAAGACGCUGGGCUCCGAGAUGGCCAGACGAAGACAAGCUUUCUACAAGUCCAAACGUGCUCCUCGAAGGAAAGCCAGAGCGCCUCAAACCCGUAAGCCAGCCGAGCCUGAGGGCCUGUUCGUUGAAGAUGACAACCAAGACACUGUCAUGGAUUCCGACAACGAAGAAGGCAGUGCUUCCGAAGAUGAUGAAGAGCUCCAGCGCGCUAUCGCUAUGUCGAUGCAAAAUGAAGAAGGUGAACCGGAAGCGGAAGUGGAAGAAGAGGAAAAGGAAGAUUGGCUAGUCACGUUCCAACAGUCUCGCGUUGAUGAGAGUCGUCCCAUACCUCGCGGUGGCGGACAAGCUAUUGCGCACAUCGUCAACAGCAGAGCGAACAAAGCAGUACCUGUUGCGCCGACUCCUAACAGUGAUGAUGACAGAGAUUUGCAAGCUCCUCUAGCAGCUUCUCGCAAUGAGGCUACUUCCAAGCCUGCUGCUGCUGCUGCUUUUGGAGAAGAAAGCGACGACAGCGAUGACAUGGACUUCCAAGCUGCACUCGCUGAAUCACGCAAGUCAAGGUAUCAAUCCAAACAACCUGCAAAACCCCGACCUGAGCCACCUGUUCGCACAGCACCACCGAAGACCGCUCCUGCGGCCAAGAACGCGGCCGGUUUCUCAGGACCUCUGCCAUUCGAAAAGCUGGAUUUGGGUAGUUCCUUACUCGGCAAGAAGAAGAUGCAAAAAACGCAAGAAGAAAUGUCAGGAGGUUUUGAGAGAGAUGAUGCCGGUCCAGCUAAGAAGGACAAAUCAGAGCCUGUUCCACCGUGGUUUUCUGGAGAUCUUGAUGCCAAUAUCGCCAAACAAAAGGCACUUGAACGCGAUGACUGGCAAAAGACCAGAGCAUACAAUGAAGAGUUUCAGUUUGCUGAGACGCCGAGUCUGGGUCGUCGCUCAUCGCGCGAGGUCAUUGAUCUGGACUUGGAGGAGUCGCAACCUAAGGAUAACAGUCAACAAGUCAUCGAUAUUUCGGACGGGGAAGAAGACAAGGCGGACUCGCCUGAACCUGUCGACAUGAAUAUUAUAGAUCCGCCUGCAAUGGGAGACCUAGCAGAUCGCAUCAAGGCUGCACCUCCGGUCUUGAGCAACUCUGAGAGGGAGAAGGUCGAGACAUCGCAGGCACCGGUGAUCAGUCGUGAAAAGAGCGACAAGAAAACACUACGUGAAGAAACUCCUAUUGUUACGGAGUCGCCCAAACAGAAGGCUCCUCCAGCAAAGAAUGUUCUGUUUGCCGAAGAGGAUGAUGAAGACGACGAGAUGGAGUGGGAACAGGUCGACGAGCAGCAGACCAACCUCGACAAAGAGUCAUCGCCAACAGUUCAACCUCAAGCCGAGAAGCUUUCCUCAAAGGCUCCAUCAGAGCCUACCGAGCAACCUACACCAGAACCCGCAAAAGAGCCUUCAAAGUCACCAUCUCCGGACUUCGAGAACGUGGACAUCCCUGACCAGCCUGAAGAAGAGCAGCCAGUAGACGUCGAGGAACCAACCACAGUGCAGACAGAGAUUAAUGCACCAGUUCCUGUCACCGGUACGGCAGAUCAAAAUCUUCCAACGGAUGCCGACGAAUUUGGAUACUAUUCAGACUCUGAGGACGAUGAGCUCCUUCGUCAACUCGCUACCGAGACUGAAGAGCAUGCUCGUUUCGCUUCCACGUUGAACCACAAGACACAGCAACAGAAUGUGGAAGAAUACGAGCGCGAGUUGAAGCAACUUCGCACCCAGCAAAAGAAGGACAGACGUGAUGCGGAUGAAGUGACCCACGUCAUGAUUCAAGAAUGUCAACAGUUGUUGAAGCUGUUUGGUCUGCCCUACAUAACUGCACCCAUGGAAGCUGAAGCACAAUGCGCAGAACUCGUCAGUCUCGGUCUAGUCGAUGGCAUUGUCACUGAUGAUUCUGAUUGUUUCCUUUUCGGCGGCACUCGCAUCUACAAGAACAUGUUCAACCAAGCCAAAUUCGUCGAAUGCUACUUGACCUCCGACUUCGAAAAAGAGUUCGACCUCACUAGACAAAAAAUGAUCGGUAUCGCACAACUCCUCGGCUCCGAUUACACCGAAGGACUUCCCGGCGUAGGUCCAGUAACAGCUCUAGAAAUCCUCUCCGAAUUCCCCAACCUCAAUGAUUUCCGCGACUGGUACAACGCCGUUCAAAUGAACCAGAUCCCCAAAUCCGAAGAUGCAGGAAACGCUUUCCGCAAAAAGUUCCGCCGUCAAGCCACGAAAUUGUUUCUUCCUACCAAUUUCCCGGAUCCCAGAGUUGAGAGUGCGUAUUUGCAGCCGGAAGUCGAUAAUGAUCCUUCUGCUUUCCAAUGGGGUGUUCCUGAUCUCAGCGCCUUGCGCAGUUUCCUUAUGGCUACUAUUGGAUGGUCUUCUGAGCGCACGGAUGAAGUCCUGGUUCCUGUUAUCAAGGAUAUGAAUACCAGACAAGCUGAAGGCACGCAAGCGAACAUUACUGCGUUCUUUGAUGGAGGUACGGGAGCUGGUGCGUAUGCUCCUCGCCAGAGAAUCGAGCAGGGAAGUAAGCGUAUGGGCAGUGCACUUGAUCGUAUGGCUAAGGAGGCGAAGAAGAAAAGGAAGGGCGGCGUCGUGGAGGAUGAAGAGGAAGAGUAUACUGAAUCUGCCGAGACAGAGAAGCCAGCGCAGAAGAAAAGGGCGAAGAGGAAUUCGAAGCGCUCGGCUGCUGCCACUGCUUCGGCUGAUGUGUGACGUUGACCUAGUGACACAAAAAUAAAGAAAUGGAAUCAACAGACCCUCCCAGCUUACCAAGUCGGCUUGUCAAGACCAACCAUCAAAAAACAAGAUGGUUUUCCACAUGAGUCAAAUGUCCAGAGAGAGCAACAAGAGAUACGCGCUCUCAGCGGACAGUCACUCAAGUUUUGAAAAUGAUGUUGCCUUUUGACAGCUUGUUCGACGCACCUGCCACUCAGGGACUUGAAAUUUCGAUUUCGGAUGUGCGUUAUGUCCUCCAUACAUCCCUUCUCUCCAUAACACACCCGUUCAGAAAUGGCUCUGUUUCUCUUCUCCUACGACUCGGGUUUGAAUUUGUCCGCGACUUCAUCAUAUCGGGUGAUUUGGCAUGGUCCAAUGCCAUGGAGGCAUCGUGCUCAUAGGUCGAAUGCGUCCAAUACAGGAUAGAUAGUAUCCUCAAA